UUUACUGCGAUCGGUAGUGCUCCUCCGGAUGGUUUUUCUUUUGAUUUUCCUCAAAUAUUUUUUCGCGCGUGCUUGAACGGUAAACCACGAAAUAGUGAGAAGAAUUUAAAGAGUGAAGGGGACAGAGACCGAAAGAGACAGACUCUGAGGAAUUUCCCGUGGCAUUUGCACUCCACAAAUGUUGGAUGAGUUAAUGAAGUGCAAAAAUGUUUGUAGACGAGCUUGUCAAAUGGAAAUUGCCAGCCUGAACACGUAAAAAAAAAAACACGAAGGCACCGUCAACGCUUUGAUUUGCGGUUGCAUUCUGCAAGAUACAAGCUCAAGCUCAAGCUAAAAGAUACAAGAUACAAGAUACAAGUACAAGUACAAUCUUAAGAAACCCCAAAGACGGUAUUUGACCCUGUCGCUUUCGGCAGCCAAGUGAAAAUUGCACAGCAGCAGUUGGGGAAAACGGGCAACCAAGACUUUUCCGGUGUCAAGUGAGAAGAAGACCUGGUGAUUCCUCUCCUGCGGAUCAGAUCUCGGAUCUUGGAUUAGUGGCACACUUACCCACAACCAGCACUGCUGGUAAAAACCAUACCCCAAACUCCCCCACUGACUGGUGACUGGAGCCCACAUAGAGCCCCGCAUAGCCAUGGAGCCCACGCCCAAUAUGCUGAAGCAGAUCUUGCUGAAGAACCACCAGGACGCCAUCCUCCUUUCGCAGGGCAUCCAGCCAUCGCCGCCCUUGUCUAUUUGCAGUGCUUCCAUGGCGGACAGCAGGGAACGGAUUAGGGGACCUUCGCGGGAUGGCCGGGAGUUCCUCACUAGUCCCAGGCAGGUCCUACGCCGCCUGAUGCUCCUCUCGGAGGGCAGGCAGUACAGAGAGGCUGCCGGAGUGGUGGGGCGAUUGGGUCCCUCGGUUCUAAGAUCUGUUAUAGCCGAGCUGCCUUUGGAUCUCCUGCUGGAGCAUCUGCCUCACAGUGCCUAUUUGCUGGAGUCGUUUUUUACCAGAUUAACCACCCUGAACACCACUCCCAAGCCGGAGGUGCCCAGCGAAACCGUGGCCUGGCAGCUGGUGCGCCUGUUUGCCAAUCCCCACGAAUCUGGGCUGCGUCAGCGCUGCACUCGACUGCUCCAGGCUCUGGCCCAGUAUGAGCCCGCUCUCCGGCAAACUGUAAGAGAUCGCCGGCGAAGCUUUGACAAUGCAGUGCAGGGUCUCGGAGUCCAUGGACUCACCACCGAUGCCUCUGGCCAGCUCAUAUCCCUGCAUGUGGCUCUAAAAACGGAGUUGCAGCGCCAUGUCGACACCUACAAGAUGGCCAUUCACAAGUUGGAGGAGCUGAGCAUGGUGACUGUGAACCAGGAUCCUGCCCACUCCUCCCACCAGCGUCUAUUGGCCAUUAAUUACGGGGACAUCCAACAGCGACUGAUUGACAACAAGACCCUGCUCACGAUGCUGGAUAAGCCGGCGCUGAAGCAGCUCCACACGCUGGUGGAGAACUUGAGCACGCGAGUGGAGAAUGACAAGGAGGUGUUGUCCUGCGUGGGUCAAGUGCGUCGCUUGGAUUCACAGGCUCUGGUAGAGAAGCGUCCUGCGGCCGGCCUACUGAUGAACUUCUCCCGCGGCUGCGAGGUGGUGCUCCAUAUGAUGGGUCCCGAGGGUGGCCCACCAGGCUCACUGUCUGGUUCAAUAUCCAUGGGCAAGGCCACGCCACCGGGAGGAGCCAGUGGAAGCAGCUGCAGCGAUGGCUAUCACUCUGAUGAUUCGGGCAGUGAUGAUGGGAGCGAAAUGGUGUCGCUCUAUCGGAGUCUCUACGUCGAGAACCGAGCGGACGCACUGGAGGCGUUGGACAGUCUGCCGCAGAUAAAACAUGCGCACAGCCUCAAGGGGAAGAUACUCUUCUCGAUGAUUGUGCUCUCCUUCCGCCUGUGCCACGGUAUGCGGGAGCGCAAGGUGCUAGAGGUGCGACGCGUCUUGAACUGCUCUUUGGAGGGCAGUAGUGAGACCACCUUGGCCCUGGACAGAUCCGUGCGCCAGCAUCUCCAUGAGACCGCCGAUAGCUUUCCUCUGGGCGAGAUCGAGCGAUCGGUGUUCAACCAGGUGCUAUCCACGCUGCACGAGUACCCCUGCCUGGAGUCCUGUCCCCCGCUGACGCACUACGUCAGUGCCUGUGUGCGUCUGGCGUGGCGGAUGAUCAACCAGAAGUCGCCCUACUACCUGGACAUGGACUUUAACCUCGGUUUUCUACGUCCCGAGAAACACGAGCGGCAUCCCCAAGCGGACCGGCGUUCGGAUCUGAUCAAGGCCUUCCUUUGGCCCGCUUUGAUGCAGAACAAUCAAUGUGCCUUCAAGGCGGUGGUGGCCACCUGAGGAUCCAGAUUAACUCUAUUUGUACAUACUCCCGCGU